CUUCUCUCCUCUCCAUUUUGAAGGGUCCGGCCUCUCGCACCUGUCAAUCAUGUAAUUAAAUAUUUUGGUUAGACUUCAUUGUUAUGAAUUUAAUAUCAAAGAUAUCAAUAAUCCACCCGAGAAUUGGGACUCUGGACCGGUCCUCCGGGUUAAACUCCCUCGGAUAUAUUUAUACAGUUGGAGGUGAAAUAUAAAAAUGAUAAAAUCUUUCUGUGGAUUGGAAUUCGAUUUUACGCGUCACCCUGAAAACUAAUGGCUAAUUAGUGAUUAUUCGAGUGACAGCGUCACCUAGUCAGGGGCAAACAGAUUAAUUUAACGAGUAAUAAAAAAUGGCGAUGCAGGAGCAAAUGUCAAUAGUUCAAUCGAAAUUUACGUCUGGGGAGACAGUAGUGAUUACUAUAGAGGCCUCACUGAUGCAGGGAUGGGCCAAGGCCCUUCGUCUCCUUGCUCUAGUCAACAAAGGGCCAACAUACGCCCUCGUGGUUCUCCUGACAUCCCGGAGUCCACCCCAGGUCUACAGCGAUUUAACAAUCGAACGAGUGCUGCCUAUCGAUCAAGAGUUCAAGUGUGACAUUGACACUGGUAAUCAAUUGCAAGAGGGAUUGGAUGUUUACUUAAACGUUUCCUCGAGAAAGCAGAGGCUCGUCUUCGAGAUGAGACCUGGUGUGGGCACAAGCUCGAUUGUUUCAGAAAUAUUCAGAGCAAUCGAGGUAUCGCAGAAGAAUAAAAAUCCAACGACUGAUUAUUUGUGGAUUCAGAAAUUAACAGAAUUAAAAAUUUCAGGAAGCACCAGAGCCCUGGAGAAUGCCUCAGGCGACGGUCCAGAUAUCGUAGACCCUCUGGUAGAUCUGGAGUCUCCAGACCUAGUGGUGCCCCGUCGGAAUAUCGCGUCAGGAAAAACACCAGUAGCAGCUCGAGAAUCAGUGGUGCGUUAUCAAAUGGCGUGCAAAGAGGACGACUACACGUACACCGAGACUUACAGAGUCUUCAUAGGUACCUGGAACGUCAACGGACAGCCCCCGAGUAACGUGUCCAUCGAGGAGUGGCUGAGCAGCGACAGAGUGCCUCCAGAUUUAUACGCAGUUGGUUUCCAAGAGCUGGAUCUCAGUAAAGAGGCAUUUUUAUUUAAUGACACACCACGAGAGGAGGAAUGGCGACAAAUGGUGACAAAAUCCCUUCACCCUAAGGGAAAGUACAAGCAGAUAGCACUAGUUCGUCUAGUGGGGAUGAUGCUCAUUGUUUUUGCUCAGGAGGUGCACGUACCGUUCAUAAAAAAUGUCUGCGUGGACACUGUGGGGACUGGAAUAAUGGGAAAACUUGGGAAUAAGGGCGGUGUUGCUGUGAGCUGCUCCAUCCAUAGUACAUCGAUUUGCUUUGUCAAUGCACAUCUUGCUGCUCACUGCGAAGAAUUCGAGAGGAGAAAUCAGGAUUACGCGGAUAUAUGCUCUCGCCUCUCCUUCACGUCCCUCGUACCACCGAAAUCAUUCAAGGAUCACGACCAGAUCUACUGGCUGGGUGAUCUCAAUUACAGAAUCACUGAAAUGGAUGCAACAACGGCGAAACAGUACAUCACAUCGAAUAAUCUCAAUCCUGUUCUCACCUUGGAUCAGCUGCAUCAGCAGAAGAAACUCGGUCGUGUCUUCCUGGGCUUUCACGAGGCUGAGAUCACAUUCAAGCCCACCUACAAGUAUGAUCCAGGUACUGAUAACUGGGAUUCAUCCGAAAAAGGGAGAGCUCCUGCUUGGUGUGAUCGUGUGCUAUGGAAGGGCGAGUCAAUAACAUCGAUAAAAUACAGAAGUCAUCCUGAUCUCCGAAUUUCAGACCACAAACCAGUAUCAGCUAUUUUUGAUUCUCAAGUAAGAGUAAUUGAUAUGACGAAGUACAGAAAAAUUCAUGAAGAAGUCAUGAAGAAACUCGAUAAAUUGGAGAAUGAAUUUCUACCACAAGUGAUGGUGGACACGACAGAGAUUAUUUUUGAUAUUCUCAAGUUUCUCGAGCCAAGCAGUAAAGAAUUGAUUAUAGCAAAUACUGGACAGGUGCCAGUGCAGUUUGAAUUUAUCAAGAAAUUGGAUGACACUAAUUACUGCAAGGAUUGGCUGCACAUCGAGCCGUACACUGGAUUUAUAAAGCCUGGUGAGAAAUGUGACAUUAAAUUGGAGGUUUACGUUGAGAAAAAAGUGGCAUGCAAGUUGAAUUCCGGGGAGGACAAGCUUUAUGAUAUUUUAGUGCUGCAUUUGGAGGGUGGAAAGGAUAUAUUUAUAACAGUCACUGGAACGUACGAGAGAAGUUGCUUUGGAUCCUCGAUGGAAGCUCUGGUGCAUAUUCCUGUGCCAAUCAGGGAAUUGUCUGUUGGAAGACUCGUGGAGCUGGAGAAUAAUAAAAAUCCUUCUGGUGAGCCUUAUCCUGUACCUAAGGAGAUCUGGCUACUUGUUGAUAGGCUGUACAGGCAUGGAACAAAGACACCUGGAUUGUUUGAAACACCGGGACUUCACAGUGAAAUCAUUGCCAUCAGGGAUUGGUUGGAUCUCGGUAGUCAGGAACCAAUGCCUGGUAGUGUACAUUCUGUUGCUGAGGCACUUCUUUUACUCCUGGAAUCUACUGCUGAGCCACUGGUUCCGUACAAUCUUCACAGCUUGUGCUUGAGUGCUGCUACCAGUUAUUUACAGUGUAAACAGCUGGUCAUGCAAUUACCAGACAUUCGAAGAACUGUGCUCCUUUACAUCUGCUCUUUCCUACAAGAAUUAUUGAAUCAUUCGCAGGAGAACGAUCUGGAUGCCAAGACUUUGGCGACAUUAUUUGGAUCGAUAUUUCUUAGAGAUCCCCCGAGGAGUCGAGACGACAGGAGUCAGAGGAAUCGUCUCAGUCAAGCGACUUUCGAUCGAAAGAAAGCAGCAUUCGUCUACCAUUUUCUGGUGAACGAUCAGAGUGAUUUCUUAGGUCGAUAAUUGGCAGUUCGAUUGAAUUUAUCAUCAUUCGAUAGUUUCCUCAAAUUGUUUUCCUAUUUCAAGAUAAAAAAUUAUGAGUGCACGGGAUAAAAAGGGAAAAAUUCGGAUAAUAAUCGAAAAUAAUUUACCAAAAUCGAUUACACUAUCCAUUAUCUAUCAGUAUAAAACAAAUACUCGAAUUGUUCUAUAACUUUUUCACUUUUUUUCACUGCACCUGUGAUUUUUUUUUUAUUCUAGAUAGGAAUUACGAAAAACUAUUAACGAAAGAUGAUAGAACCAAGUCUUAACGAAAUCAUUAAUUAUUCGAUGUAACGCUUCUAUACUCUCCAGCAAAAGUGAUAAUAUUUAUCUUUGUGCAAAAGCUGAAUUUCGAGGGGAAAAUGUGGAUGACGGGAGAUAAAUCAAACGAAAUUCAACGAUUAAAUAAAUUUUCGAGUCAUUAAACUGAUUUUCUGACGAUUAGCCAAUGGUUUUGGCUAAUUACCGAAGAAAUGUCCAUUAAUCAAUUUAAAAUCGAAUUUUUUUUCUCCAGAAACUCUUGAAAUUGCACUUUCUCGUGAUUUAUCUCGUAUCCUCAUGUCACCACUGAAUUAUACUCGCGAAAAAGUGUUAUUAAUGAUAAGAAUAAUGAAAAGUAGUGAAACGCCAAAUUAGGAAGGAUAAGCUUCAGUGAAACAACGCCUAAUGCUAAAGAAAAUUGAAUUUUCGAUUAAUUUAUUCUCUAAUGAAUUACGAAGAAGGAAAGUAACUUUCACAUGAUAAAUAAAUUGAAUUGAUAAAGUAUCAGUACUAAAAGAUUUUGCCAUAGAAAUACUGAACUAGUACAGGGAAAUUAUUGAAUAAAUGACACGUUUUAGUAUUUAGGAAUGAAGUUAUUUUUCUCAAGAUGUUCCCUGUAUUUUCAUAAUUUUAUACUAAUUCGGGUAUAGCUAUUCUCGGUACACGUACUCUGUAAAUAAUUAUUUAUGACAAUUAGUAAGAUAUUCGAUGUCUGCUCGUUACCAUUUAGAUGGAUCCAAUGAGAUUAUUCAGUACAAUUUAUUGAUUAAUUAUAGAUUAUUAUUUAUUACUUCGCGGAGGGGACAGAGGAGGGGAGUGAGUCGAAAAAUUUUUGACAAUGAUAUAUAUGAUAUUUUUUGGUAAUUAGAUUCAAUUGAAUUGAAUUUUUUGACACUG